GUAAACGUCUUUCUGGCUGGGAGUGAUGGGGAGAGUAUUGGAAACUGUCCAUUUUGCCAACGCCUUUUCAUGGUCCUCUGGCUUAAAGGAGUUAAGUUCAAUGUGACCACUGUUGACAUGACCAGAAAACCUGAAGAGUUGAAGGACUUGGCCCCAGGCACCAGUCCUCCAUUCCUGGUGUAUAACAAGGAGUUGAAAACAGACUUCAUUAAAAUUGAGGAGUUUCUAGAGCAGACACUGGCUCCUCCAAGGUAUCCUCAUCUGAGCCCCAAGUACAAGGAGUCGUUUGAUGUGGGCUGUAACCUCUUUGCCAAGUUUUCUGCAUACAUUAAGAACACACAAAAAGAAGCAAAUAAGAAUUUUGAAAAAUCUCUGCUCCGAGAAUUUAAGCGUCUGGAUGACUACUUAAACACCCCACUCCUGGAGGAAAUCGAUGCAGACAGUGCCGAGGAACUCACGGUUUCCAGAAGAUUGUUCUUGGAUGGAGAUCAGCUGACACUAGCGGACUGCAACUUGUUACCCAAACUGAACAUCAUUAAAGUUGCUGGCAAAAAAUAUCGUGACUUUGCCAUUCCAGCAGAAUUCUCCGGAGUCUGGCGCUAUCUCCACAAUGCCUAUGCCCGUGAAGAAUUUACCCACACGUGUCCUGAAGCCAAAGAAAUUGAAUAUAGCUAUGCAAGUGUGGCCAAGCAGAAGAGUUAG